CUGUUAUUAACUUCUACUUCUCAACUCUUACUCAUUUAUAUCUGAUUUAUAUCUAAGAUGGCCCCUAAGAGUUAUUCUUUAGAAACCGAGUUGGUUUUCAACAAGUCCAGUGAUCAAUACAAUGCGUCGGUUGCUCCGUUAUACCAGUCAGCUACUUUCAAACAGCCUUCGUUAUCUAAUAUGGGAGAAUAUGACUAUACUAGAUCGGGGAACCCAACAAGAACUUAUUUACAAAACCAUAUGGCUAGAAUCAUGAAGGCAAACUAUACUUUUGCUGUCACUAGUGGGAUGGGAUGUCUUGACGUUAUCACCAGACUUUUAAAGCCAGGGGAUGAAGUUAUUGCGGGUGAUGAUUUAUAUGGGGGUACUAAUCGAUUAUUGAAUUAUCUCAACUCUAAAGGAGACUUGAAAGUUCAUCAUUAUGAUACUACCAAUACUGAGCUUAUCAAAUCCAAAAUUAGCUCGUCUACCAAGAUGAUUUUUUUGGAAAGUCCAACUAAUCCAUUAAUUAAGGUUGUUGAUGUUAAAGCAAUUGCUGAUUAUGCCCAUCAGGUCAAUCCAAACGUGGUUGUUGUCUUUGAUAAUACCAUGAUGUCUCCUAUCUUGAUGACUCCUUUGGAUUUAGGUGUUGAUAUCCAAUAUGAAUCAGCCACCAAGUAUUUAAACGGUCAUCACGAUCUUAUGGCGGGGAUCAUUGCUGUUAGAGAUUCUAAGUUAGCAGAACAAGUUUACUACGUGAUCAAUUCAACCGGCUGCGGCUUGUCUCCAUUUGAUUCUUGGUUAUUGUCCAGAGGUUUAAGAACUUUGGCUAUUAGAAUUGAAAGACAACAAGCCAACUGUAUUAAAAUUGCAGAAUUCUUACAAUCAAUUGGAUUCAAAGUUAGAUAUCCGGGAAUCAAAUCCCAUCCUCAAUACCACUUGCAUCAAUCCAUGUGCAAAGGUAGCGGGGCAGUUCUUAGUUUUGAAACCGGUUCAAUUAAAACCUCUGAAAAAAUUGUUGAAAAUACUGACAUUUUUGGUAUAGCUGUUAGUUUUGGUUGUGUUAAUUCUUUAAUCUCCAUGCCUUGUAAAAUGUCCCAUGCUUCCAUCGACGCUAAAACUAGAGAAGAACGUGACUUCCCUGAGGACUUGAUUCGUCUUUGUAUCGGAAUUGAAAAUAUCGAUGAUUUAAUUAAUGAUUUAACCAAAGCCUUAUUAAAAUCAGGUGCAGUUAAAAUCAAUGAAAAAGAUGAAUUGUUCAGUGUUGUUGGGGUUGAAGCUAAAUUAUAAUUUUCUCUCUACGCUUGCAUCUUCUCUCUUGUCUCCAUAUAUUCCUAUCUUCAGUUCUUUUCCCUUCAAUAUUAGUUAUUGUAUAUAAAAUUUAAUAAAAG